GGGGGGGCGCAGCAAUAUAUGACGACAUCCGAAGCUGAAUAGCUAACGAAGCGUAAAAUUCUUUCAUUGGAAUAAAAUUGUCAAUUUAGUCCUUGUGCGUGCUCCUGGAAAAGCAUACAUUACAGAAAGGAUGGCUGCGGAUUGGUUGGGCAGUUUGGUUUCUAUAAACUGCGGUCCAACACUUGGAGUCUAUCAAGGGGAAGUAUCUUCUGUGGACCAGUCAAGCCAGACCAUCUCCCUCAAGCAGCCUUUCCACAAUGGUGUGAAGUGUCCUGUUCCUGAGGUUACUUUCAGUGCCAUGGACAUUAGAGAGCUGAAGAUUUUGGACAUCCGAAAUGGCAAUCCUGGAAAUUGCUCUUCUGUGUCCACAAAAGGAAACAGUGCUCCAGUUGCAGUCCCAAGGGAUGACCAAAGGGCCCAGGAGAGGCUAAACUCGCCACAGCACUAUUCCAAAAGUUAUGGAGACCGCCAUCUGGAUGUACCUGUUCAGCCUAAGGGGUUUCGUCGAAGGCACAACUCAUGGUCAUCCAGUAGUCGAGGGGCUAACCAGGUCACUCCCAAGAAAAAUGGGGUAAAGAACGGCAGUAGCCAGAUAAAGCACAGAGACGAUGAAUGUUUUGGUGAUGGAGUGGAUGAUGGGUUGGAUACAGACUUUGACUUUGAGGGCAACCUGGCUCUCUUUGACAAAGCAGCAGUUUUCUCAGAGAUUGACACAUCAGAGCGCCGUGGCAAUGGUGCGAGGUCACGUGGGACGCCUCAAGAGCAGACUCCUUCACGAUACCGUCAUGAUGAAAACAUUCUGGAGGCCAAGCCCAUUGUUUACAGGCAGAUUGCUGUACCACAGCCUGGGGCCAAAGAAUACUGCACUGAUUCCGGGCUUGUUGUACCCAGUAUAUCCUAUGAACUACACAAGCGUCUGUUGUUGGCGGCUGAGCGUCACGGUCUGUCAUUGGCACGGCGGCUAGAAAUGACAGGUGUGUGUGCCAGUCAGAUGGCACUAACACUGCUGGGUGGGCCCAACAGACUCACCCCUAAGAAUGUGCAUCAGCGUCCCACAGUGGCUCUGUUGUGUGGCCCUCAUGUGCAGGGUGCUCAGGGCAUCAGCUGUGGUCGUCAUCUGGCCAAUCAUGAAGUGGAGGUCAUCCUGUUUCUGCCAAAUUUUGUUAAGAUGCUUGACUCCGUCACCAGUGAACUCGCCCUCUUUAGCAAGACUGGGGGCAAGCAAGUGUCAAAUAUCAAAGACCUUCCUGACACCCCAGUAGACCUCAUCAUUAACUGCCUAGAUUGUCAUGAAAACACAUUCCUAAUGGAUCAGCCUUGGUACAGAGCAGCUGCAGACUGGGCCAACCAGAACCGAGCACCAGUGCUAAGCAUAGACCCUCCAGUGAGUGGACAAGAGCAGGCAGUUGAGGCGAAGUGGUCCCUCUCUCUUUGCUUGCCCCUUCCCAUGGCUGAAGGAGCUGGGAGGAUUUACCUCUGUGACAUAGGGGUUCCCUGCAAAGUGUUUCAGGAGGUUGGGAUCAAAUACCACUCUCCUUUUGGCUGCAAGUUUGUCAUUCCCUUGCACUCUGCAUAAUGGAACUGACAAGAAACAAAAUGGAUCCAGUUUGGUUAUUGGGGCCUUACAUUUCAGACUUUCAACCAUUUUACACCCUAGAGAACUUGCGUGCCCCCCCUCCCCAUUUUAGGACCACUGAUUUGUACGUCAGUUUUACAAAGGCUAACGGCCCAUUGAUUGGAUAAAACACCAUUACAUAUCGGUUACUUGUUUUUAUUGAAAAAAUGUCUUUAUUUGGUCACUUUUUAAGUCACUUGAAGUAACUUAAACUAACAAGUUUAGUCAAGUAACUAACAUAGCAUAAGUAGACCUGAUUUGUACAGAAAUAAUCUGACCCCAAUUAUUAACAUUAAAUGGAAUAAAAAUGUUCCUACAAUUUGCAGUAACAAAGUGCUAAAUCUUAUCGAUGUGUUACUGCAUUGCAAUCUGGCAUGCACAAUCAGUGAAUCACCAUAUAGUACAUGUGGAUACUACGAUAUUUAGAGUUGUUCAGAAAUGCAGUUUAAAAUGUGUCCUUGCAUCUUCUAAUGGCUUUGCUUUUUAUCUGCUAUCCUCAACAACACUUAAGUUCACUUAGUACUUCCCAUAAAUAUCAACCUUUGUAUCUGCAGUGAAUGAGGCUUUUUUGAUAUUUGUAUAUGCCAGGUUCAAAAACUGCACUAAUAUUGUUUUGGCAGCUAUUGCAGUUUUUUUCUGAGCUCACUUUUUUUUUACCCAGUUUUGUGCUCUGUGGGUUGCGCAUUCUCUAGGCUGAUGUUUCAUCAAACCUGACUUACUUCUUAUUACUGAAAACAGUGGACUAAAAUCUACAUAAUAACCUAACGGUGAUACAUUGAUAACAUGUCAAUGUAUCACUAAAGUCUAAAACAAUGCAAAUGCUUCUUCAGCUAAACCAUUUAGGUUAGAGGAAUAACUGCCUUUGUCAUGGAAAAUGUAAUCAGAGCUAGUAAUCGGAGUCAGUAUCUAGCUUUUUCCAAAGGAUAAAUUCUUGUAUCCUUAACAUCUGUUGUGUGGAGGACCCUUUUUCAUUAGGAGUGAGUCUUAAUAUACAUAAAUGAUCUUAACACAUGACACCCUGCUCUGAGCAAUGGGCUUUGAACAAAUAUAUCGUGUUGAGAAAACAAAAUAUUGUUCAGUUUUUUUUAUUACCACCUCUCCCUUCUAACAUUGUUGAGGUAUGUAUCCUUAUGAAUGUGACUAUGAUUGUUAGUGAUCAUAUAUUCAAACUGGUGGUGAGAGGAAAUAAUUAAGUAAAGUAGCCUUUUGAUACCCUGACAGACGGUCUGAAGUUGUCUUUAUGUGAGUCUGCUGUUUACAUUUCAAUCCAUACAGGACCACAGUAGGUUGUUUGUUGGUUUGUGCAGAGAACUAUGAAGCAAUGAUGCGCCAGUUGAGGCACAAGUUGAAACAUGUUACGCUCAUUGCCCACAUUUUUUCUUUCUUUCUUUUUAAAAAAAAAAUACAAUCCAUGAUUUUAUGGAGGCCUAUGUAACCUUUUCCCCCCAAACAAAGUAAUGUUAUGGUGUCUCAUUUGUUCAUAUUUGUCAUACUUUUUUUGGCGUAAUAACUCAAGAGGAUUUGGAUAAUUUGCCAUUUGACCUGUUAUGUCCUCUGCAUACAUUUACCUACAUCUAGUUCAUGCAACUAUGAAGUAGUUUUUGCAGACAAAUCUGCUGGCUGCUGCUGUUUCAAAAAUUCCUAAUGUGAUAUGCAUCUCAGUUGUCGACAGGUCUAAAGAACAUGCUUGACAAGGUCCUGAACAUGACUUGACAGGAAGUGGGUUUUUUUUUUUUCGUUGACUGCCAUGUGUGUUUUUGCCCACCUUUUUCAUUAUUCUGCUACAAUAGACACCCAGUUUUACAGGAGCCAAUCAAUGACAGUGAAUUCCCUAACAAAAUGUGAAUAGUCAGGUGCCAAUAAAUUGACCUUGACUGGGCAUAUUGACGUGUCUGAAAGCACAAUUAAAAAAAGAGAUGAUUGGUAACCAGAAUUUAUCAAAUUUGUUAAUGUGUAGAGUAUAAAGUUAUGGUCAGUAUUGUCACUGGCAGUACAACCGUUUGUUCCCUCACCCAUUUAAGAAAAGCACUGUGCUUCUUGUGCAGAGCAUAUGGAAUGGCUCAUUAAAAGUUUCUUGAU